GAUCGCAAUAUUUAUCAAUUACGAAUCGUUUUGGCACCACCAAAAUCCUACCUUGUUUGGACACCACUACCAGAGCAUGCAAACGAUAUACUGGUAUUCGAAUUGUCUUACAAGAAGAGUGCGACCGGUAAUUGGACUCGCAUCACUGAACCGGCCCAGUCUUUUGAAUGUCCAAACGGUGUCGCUGACGAUGAAGACUAUUGCUAUGAUCUGUCGAAAUUUUCGUAUGGUGUUCAGUACACUGCUGAUGUAAUAGCAUCAUCUUUGUUCUCACUC